AUGAGAGGAACUAAUCAAUCUAAUAAUGCUUUUUCUCGAACGAAACAAGCAGCUACUGUUUUCUCUAACUUGAUCAACUGCGCCCAGCCAAACUGUUUGAGAGAAGGUAGCGAACUUCUUCAUCUAGGUACAGCUUGUAAGCAUGCCUAUUGUUGGGAUUGUGUCAAUAAGUUACAAACGGUUUCUCAACCAAUGUGUACAAGAUGUUAUUCUCCAUUAGAAGUGGCAAAACCAACUACAGCUUCCAUGUUCAACAACCUGGCUGUCAGUAUAGAACAGUUCAAUAUCUUAUUAGCAGAUUAUGAAACUGCCGUUCGACGGAACGGUGUGAAUAUUCAGGAAAACUUACAAACACAAAAGUUGUUCGACAGUAACUUUGAGUCUCCACCUCGCAGAACUAUAGAAGAGUUCAUUGCUACUCAGUGUCCAUCUACCGGCAAUCAAAAACCAAGUGUUCUUGAGAGUCCAGGUACUCCUGUUCAAGAACGACCUCUGAGUUCUCUGUCUAUGUUGUCUAUAUCUCCUGAAAUUGAUGACUUCGCUCACUUGGACAUCAAAAGAACGCCAAAGAAAAUUUUUACCACAAAUACACCAAAGCCCAGUUUUUCAACUCAAAAUCCCGCUUUAUUCAUGACCCAAGAAAUGGCAAACCUAGAAACUAACCAAGUCGUUCCUGACGAGACUAUGUAUAUGCCAGUUCCCAAAGUUACAAAAAGUUUUGAAUUCACCAAAGUGCCAAAGUUGUCGUUUGGCGGAAAUCAGAAACAGAAUGAAGACAAGUGGGAUGCAGUUUCAAAGAGUAUUCCAGCUGACGAUUCGUUUGAUGAUAUUGUCAAAACUGCUUUGAGGAGUAGAACCCCAACAAUACCAAAAUCCACACCGCUUGCUCAUUCUACUCCUGUGUCAACAAACCAUAGUUUUUCAUCGCGAACACCAUUCUCUCGCGGAAGUGAACUAGCAGUUGUUAAUGCUGUCAAAAAAGGAGAUAAGGCAAACUUGAUCAAAUUGCUCCAUAGCGGAUAUGAUGUCAAUCAAGUACAUCCUACUGAAGGAACACCGUUAUGCGUUGCUGUGGUGGCGAACCGCCUGGAUCUUUGUGAAGUUUUGGUUGAAAAUGGAGCUGUCAUCAACGCCCAUUGUGGGUUGGAUUGCAACACAGCUCUUCAUUAUGCUGUAGAAAAGGGAAAUGAGGAGAUCGUCAAGUAUCUUCUUUCUAAAGGAGCCAGUCGAUCUGUCAAAAACUUGAAAGCUCGAACAGCUGUCGAAAUGGCUGCUCCUUCCUCACCUAUACGUAAAUUGGUUGAGAAAUAUAGGAAUUAUCCACGGCAGCCUUCUAUACCACCACCGCUACCAGACACGUUCCUCGUUGCUUUGGAUAAUGAAGUUAACAUUGAUGAUAGUCAGAAGAAUGUGCUAAAAAAGAUGAUAUCGUUCGUCCCUAUCGGAAACGCUAAAGCCACUCAUUUCGUUACUGAAGCAGACAGUAAUGGGGUAGUCAAAGCAACUAAUGAGCUACUGAUGGCUAUGUUGAGAGGAUCUUAUAUUGUAACCUCCGAUUGGCUUCGUGAUUGUGUAAACAAAGGACAGCUUAUCACGGAUUCUUUGCGGUAUGAGGUUCAAAGUUUGAAAUUAUUAGAUUCGGGUGCUUUUGAAGGAGGAGUGCAAAACUGUCGGAGAAGCAAGGAUAAGAUGGAACCUGGGUUGUUCCGUGGCUGCAAGUUCUAUCUUCCUCAUCCGAAGUUCAAUCCUUAUGGAUCAAAACAAUUACUAGCAGAACUAAUUAGACUAGCUGAAGGAGAAGUACUAACAAGACCUCCAUCUCAUAAUCCUGAAGACCCACUUCCUUUCCACGGGAGAGACGUUUGCCGAGGUUCUCCUUAUUUCAUAGUUUGUGAUGUUAGCUACUCGGUCUCAGACAGAUUUUUGAAGAAGGAUUAUUAUAACAUAGUGUGGUGUGGAUGGAUAUUUGAAUGUUUAACCAAGUACGAGUUUGUAAAACAUUUCUGA